AUGAUAUCGAACGCCCCGAUCAACCUCGUAGUUUUUGGCUCAGGCGCUGUCGGCAAAUCAGCUAUGACACUCAGGUACACAUGUGGCAAUUUUAUUGAGGAUUAUGAUCCAACAAUUGAAGAUCAAUACUCAAAAGAUAUCACAAUUGACAAUGUUACAUAUAAAUGUGAAAUUCUAGAUACUGCCGGUGAAGAAGAGUUCAUUCAAAUGCGUUUGCCUUAUAUAAGAAAAGGAAAUGCAUUUUUAUUGGUUUAUUCCAUUACCUUCAGACAAUCAUUUGAUGAAAUUGAGCAUCUCCAUCGCGAUAUUUUACACAACAAGGGUACUACCGAUGUCCCAAUUGUUAUUUGCGGCAACAAAUGCGACCUUGAAGACAAUCGUAUUGUUUCGAAGUCCGAAGGCGAAGUUCUUGCACAGCAGCUCAAAUGCCCAUUCAUGGAAACUUCAGCUAAGACCGAAUACAAUAUUACAAACGCUUUUCAGACAGCUCUUCGUGAAUACAUUAAAAGAGUCACCCCUGUUCAAAAUCAUACCCAACAAGAGGAGCCAAAGAAAUUCCGCUGCAUCUUAGUUUAA